UUGUACUCAAGUGAGAACUGCUUGCAGCGGCGUUACAGACGGCAACUGAUCAGAGACUGAGAAAGUAGUGCUUAAUCCAUGGUACUCAAUAGGAGAGCUUUCGAGCUGAAGUCAUACAGAAAAAUUGACUUUUGUGGGCAAUUAACCUCGGAGAAUAACACUAUCAGUCACAAUACUUUUUUAAAAUAUGCCACCGCAAAUGGAAUACCAGUGCGAGGAAAGAAGGAUCCCACCGAUGACUACAUCUCAUGGUCAAAAAGAUACAGUCAACCAUGAAAUUAAAUGCGUUCUAGUUGGGGAUGGUGCCGUAGGGAAGACCAGUCUAAUUGUUAGUUACACCACCAAUGGAUACCCAACGGAAUACCUGCCAACUGCAUUUGACACUUUCUCUGCGCUUGUUCAGGUUGAUGACACCCCAGUACGGAUUCAACUCUGUGAUACUGCUGGACAGGAGGAGUUUGACUGCCUUCGUUCCCUCUGCUACCCUGGGACAGAUGUUUUCAUUGUGUGCUUCAGUGUUGUAAACCCUUCAUCGUUUCAAAACAUCACAGAGAAAUGGAUUCCUGAAAUCCGAGCGUACAGCCCCUCCACUCCCAUCAUACUUGUUGGAACGCAGACAGACCUCAGACACGACGUCAACGUUCUUAUCAACCUGGACCGAAUUCGGGUUAAACCCGUCCAUGCCUCUCGAGCCCGAAGUCUAGUAGAGAAGAUCCGGGCUCAGGACUAUGUGGAGUGUUCUGCCUUGACUCAGAAAAACUUGAAAGAAGUGUUCGACACAGCAAUCUUUGCUGCAAUAAAGCACAAAGCCCGGCAAGAAAAGAAACUCAAAAUGGACACGCACAAGAUGAAAACCCUCUCCAAGGGUGGGUGGAAGAAAUUUUUCUGUUUUGUCUGAUCUCUUCCGAAAAAAGAAGACUUUAACCUCUUAUUAACUUAUUAUGAAAUGGAUUGAUAAACUAACAUUUUAAUUUAGGAGACUGUUGGUAGAUCAUCACCACCAGGGCCUCUUGAAGGAUGUGAUUCAUGGACCAUUGUUCUCUGGGUUGGCAGUUGAAGAUCAGCAAGAUUGGAUUACAUCCUUAAGCUGCAACACAAACACUUUGGUUCAGGUGGACAGAAAAUGUCUUUACUGAAACCAAACGGCUGUAAAUGACCAUUGCAAAUCUUAGUGUGAACAUAAACAUAUGGUGCCAAGGGGCCUUUUACUUCAGCAGCGCUCUUGUUGUUUUAUCACUCUGCUGAUACAAUUGCACUUUAAGUCUUUGGGUCUCUGCAAUUUUCCCAAGUCUUGAUUCCCAGCAUUCACACAUGUUUGUAUAGAUUGAAUUCUAAUGGAAAGGGUAAUAAGUCAUUUGAAAUGUACAGCUUUACAAAGUGCAUGACUAUAUUAAAGGCUGGGGUUAAAGGGCCAGGGAUAGAUUUCUGUUUGUUUGUUUGCUAACCAUAGUUUUUCAAAACCCAUCUCAGUUUAGAGACCAACCGUAGAGACCAAUCGUUGGCCACACCUGCUAUGAAAGAGUAAAAAGGGGCAUAUACCUGAGCAGUCUUUAGAAUUUACUAUUCAGACUAUUGUCAACUUGAAAGCUAAAACCAGUAAUAUAUAUAUAUAUAUAUAUAUAUAUAUAUAUAUAUAUAUAUAUAUAUAUAUAUAUAUAUAUAUAUAUAUAUAAUAAAAUCAUUCAUAAUCUCAUUCCAAUGCAGUGCUCUUCAGAUCAGUUAUCUAUCAUGGUAUUUAUGCACCACAGCAAUGCUGUAUGGAAACCACAUCCAUGAAUGUUAAUGUGUCAUAUAUUAGGUGAUGCUCCAUUUUCCUAUUAUUUAACAUAGAUAUAAGGACCUUAACAGUUAAUAGCUGUUAGAAUGUAAAUAAUGCAUUAUUGCUUCUAGUGGAAGCUUUUAUUUUUUAUUGUUUUUUUGAUUUUAUAAACAAUGUUUCAUAUUCCCAGUUUCAUUGCUGUUCUCCCCCUGUACACUCAAAACUCUGCAUUUAAAGCAGGUUCAUAUGUGUUUUUUUAUGUAUGAAUUGCUGAACAAAUAAAUAUGAAAAAUCUUAA